GAGAGCGCAGAGCAACAUGGAGGCAGCGACGGCGCGGCGGGGGGCCCGGGCGGCGGGUGCGGGACGGUAACGAGCCCGCCGCCCGCCCUCCACUCCCCACACCUGCCCCUUUUGGCUUUUUAAGAGGCGGGAUAGGGGGGGGUGUUGGCUGCCUUCUCGCAAGGGAUGGCGGCCCCGGGCCCUCCGCGGCUUCCGUGGCUGCGGCUGGGCCCGCGGCUACGGGCCGGGCUGGAGGUCGCGCUGCGGGUGCCCAGCCUGUUCCUCAUCGACGCCAUCUUCAACUCGUCCCCAGUGCCGGGGGGCUCCCUGUGCGCCGCGCUCCUGGGCGUGCUGCUGCGGCUGCUGGGUGUCUUUGUAUCCAGUGUUGUUCUGGUCUUACAACAGCGAGCACUUUUCAAGUUUUAUAUGAUCGCCUCUGCAUUUCUGCUGGCUGUGACUUCAGUGUUAGUGAAUUACUAUGCUUCUUUGCACAUAAACUUCUACAGUGCCUACUACACUGCUGCAUUUGGGAUUCAGAUCUUCCCGCAUAAAGGACCUUCGCUAUGGAUGGCACUUUCCAUCCUUCAGCUUACCUUUGGAAUUGGAUAUGUUACAUUGCUAAAUGUGCAGUCCAUAUACUCUCAACUCAUCAUCCUGGAUAUACUGAUUCCUGUAAUUGGCUUGAUCAUUGAGUUACCUUUAAAUGUCCGUCAGAUACUAGUUUUCAUUUCAGGCCUAGUUCUGACACUAAAUACCACAGUCAUUUUAGUUAAGAAGAUGAAGUGGUUCUAUUACUCGGUGCGGUAUGUGUAUCUGCUGGUGAGGCACAUGUAUCGCAUUUAUGGAUUACAGCUAUUGAUGGAAGAUACAUGGAAGAGGAUUCGGUUUCCAGCUGUACUGCGUGUCUUCUGGCUAACCAGGCUUACGGCGCAAGCUGCGGUAUUAACAUAUGUUGUAAAGAUGGCUGAAACUAACGCAGAAGAAAAAUUCUUCCUGAUAUCAUGGGAUAACUGCUGGGAACUGAUCUGCAGUCUGAUCAUAAGUGGCUGUGACUCUACCUUAACUGUGUUAGGCAUGAGUGCCGUCAUUUCUUCAAUAGCUCAUUAUUUGGGACUGGGUAUCUUGGCCUUCAUCGGAUCAACUGAUGAGGAUGACAAAAGGCUUGGUUUUGUAGCACCUGUCUUGUUUUUCAUUUUGGCUCUGCAGACUGGUUUAAGUGGACUGAAGCCAGACGAACGCCUAGUUCGCCUCAGUCGCAACAUGUGCCUUUUGUUGACCGCAGUCCUGCAUUUUAUCCACGGAAUGACAGACCCUGUGCUGAUGUCUCUCAGUGCCUCCCACGUGUCAUCGUUCCGCAGACACUUCCCUGUACUGUUUGUUUCCGCUUGCCUUUUCAUCCUUCCAGUUUUGCUCAGCUACGUCCUCUGGCACCACUAUGCACUAAACACCUGGCUUUUUGCAGUUACAGCCUUCUGUGUAGAGCUUUGCCUAAAAGUAAUAGUUUCUAUUACUGUUUAUAUAUUGUUUAUGAUUGAUGGCUACUAUAAUGUGCUAUGGGAGAAACUUGAUGAUUAUGUCUAUUAUGUUCGUUCAACUGGCAACAUAAUUGAGUUUAUAUUUGGAGUAAUCAUGUUUGGAAAUGGAGCUUACACCAUGGUUUUUGAGUCAGGAAGCAAGAUCCGUGCUUGCAUGAUGUGUCUACAUGCAUACUUUAACAUCUACUUGCAAGCCAAGAAUGGCUGGAAGACUUUCAUAAAUCGCCGAACUGCUGUUAAGAAGAUAAACUCACUUCCAGAGGUGAAAGGAAGUCGGUUACAGGAAAUAGAUGAUGUCUGUGCAAUCUGCUACCAUGAGUUCACCACCUCUGCUCGUAUUACUCCAUGCAACCAUUACUUUCAUGCACUUUGUCUUCGGAAGUGGCUGUACAUUCAGGACACUUGCCCGAUGUGCCAUCAGAAAGUGUACAUUGAGGACAAGGAAAAUGCCAAUAUCUCUAAUAACAACGGGUUUGUGGCACCAAAUGAAAAUCCUGUACAGGUUGCAGAAGCAGGUGCUGAUGCUGAAAAUGGACUAAAUGAUGACAAUGACAGUUCUGAUAGUGAUGAGGAAAAUGGUGACUGUGUGGCCCAGCACUUGAAUGAGACUGUUAAUGUUGACUCUAACUCUCUUGGUGAUCAAGAUGCCCUUUAGGCCGUGAGGUAUUUGUUUCAGAUUGAGUUCAACAGAAUAAAAGCAUCACUUUGUAGUUAUUGUAUUUAAGCACAACAGCAGUAUCUCAGUGUUGAAUCUGUGAAUGGUGGUUGUUUACUGUGGUGUGUGCUACUGUAAAUAUACCUCUAAUUUUUGCUGGUCUCUUUCACGACCACCUUAAACUUAUGUACAUUAUUGUACAUGGAAUAAAAUGUUUUCACAUGUUUCUAA